UCGCAGUCCUGAUCAGUCGGCGGCGCAGUCACCGCAGUUUUAAAAUUAAAACGCGAAAUAGUAACCUUAAAUUUAUUGUCAUUAGUGACUGUAUAUAUAUAUAUAUAUAUAUAUAUCUUGUUAGAAGUUAGAAUUCUGUCAAUUACUUCAAUUAAAGUCAGAUUUUCUAUUUUAAAAUGACUUUAAAAUCUCUAUUAAGACCCAUUUUCUACCAAAAUUAUGAUUUACUGAAAAAGCGAACCUUCAAAAGCUGUUCUGUCAUUCAAAACAAAGUAAAUAUUGCCAAGGAAGAAGAAGACAAAACGACACAUUUUGGAUUCAAAACUGUGAAAGAAUCUGAGAAAACCAAAGAAGUAUAUUCAGUAUUUGAAAAUGUAGCUAAUUCGUAUGAUCAAAUGAAUGACGCUAUGAGUUUUGGUAUUCAUAGAGUGUGGAAAGAUCUCUUCAUUGAAAGAUUUGCUCCAGAACAUGGCUGUCGUCUUUUAGAUUGCGCUGGUGGAACUGGAGAUAUAACAUUUAGAUAUCUUAAAUAUUUACAAAAUAAACCCAAUCCUAAAUCUAUCAAAAGCCAUGUUACAGUCUUUGAUAUAAACUCAAAUAUGCUUGAUGUUGGACAAGUUAGAGCUAAACGUCAAGGAUUUACCAAAGAGAGAGGUCAUGACAUAACAUGGGUUCAAGGAGAUGCUGAAUCUCUUCCUUUUGAAAAUGAUACUUUCACAGCUUAUACUAUUGCUUUUGGAAUUAGGAAUGUGACUCGAGUUGAUAAGGCAAUAUCAGAGGCUUACAGAGUAUUAAAACCAAAUGGAAAAUUUCUUUGUUUAGAAUUUAGUCAUGUUGAAAAUGAUUUAUUGAGAUGGGUCUAUGAUAAAUAUUCCUUUCAGAUUAUUCCAGUGCUGGGUACUCUUAUUGCUGGUCAAUGGCAACCGUAUCAAUAUCUUGUCGAAAGUAUUAGGAAAUUUCCCAAACAAGAAGAGUUUAAGAAAAUGAUUUCUGAUGCUGGAUUCAAAAAAGUGACAUAUGAAAAUUUGACCUUUGGAACAGUUGCCAUACACAUUGGUCAUAAAAUAUAAAAGAAUAGUACAUCGCGAUACAAGUAGAUUCUUGUCUCGUGUGGCGUUUACACCCGAGCGAGGCGAGGGUGGAAAGGUACACGAGACGAGAAACUCUUUCCCGAACAUGUGCCGUACCGUAUUUUUUUAUACGACGUGUGGAAAGUGUGAUUUUCAACGCACGUUUUCUACCGAAUGUGCGGGAAAGACGCACCUUGCGCACGGAGUGUCGAAAAGAUAUAUCUAUAAGAACAAAAUGUUAUGAUUUAAAUUAUAUAAGUUAGGAUUUUUCAUGUAUAUAAUAGUAUCACAUGUUUGUUAUUUAUGCAAGGUCUAAAAAAGUUCGAAUAAUAUAUUUAACAUAUAUUAUGUGAAUAGUUAAUAGGCUGUGCACCAAAGAUGCAAUGAUUUUGAAAAUAACAAUUUCAUAGAAAUAAUAUCUGAACUAUGUAUUAUUAUAUAAAUUAAAAAAGCACAUAUACAUGUACAUAAAGAAACUGCUGAAAUAAAUAGGAUUAGUUUUUGACACAAAUAAUGUAUGUUAUAAUAUUUCCUGUACAAUUCUUAUA